CUGUUACGAGCUGACAGAGAACAGCAGCUCGUGUCACGCGCACAGCCGCGGAGAAACACUUGGGCGCGCGUGUGGAAAAGAGCUUCUCUCUCUUUAUUGUUCUGUCACCGCCUUAUUCUUUUACAAACAAAUGGUACUAUAUGAAACCAAACUGCUACAAACAAGGAGAAAUUUAACUGUAGCCCAGGAACUAAAGCCGUCUUUUAUUUUGAAAAGUGUGAGAUGUUUACGGAAGCUGAUAGCGCAGAAGCGUCACUUCGGCGGGAGCAGAUGAAGAUGGACGCGCGCAGAGUGAAGCUGAAAGUGAGCGCGGGAUUUAAAAUGCGCGGAUUAAUCCUGCGACCUGAGUCCAGCCGCUUUCUGCUGCAGGUUCUGGAGUCCGUCAGUGAAGCGGAUCUGGAUGAAGUUCUGGAGCGGAUCUUAGAUGCUGUUGAAAAGCAGCCUCUGUCCUCCAGCAUGAUUGAACUGUCUGUGGCAGAAGCGGCUGUUCAGGACUGCAGUCAGUCAUGUGACGAGACCAUUGACAAUGUUUUCAACAUUAUUGGAGCGUUUGAUGUUCCUCGAUUCAUCUUCAGCACAGAAAGAAAGAAAUUUGUACAUAUUGGCAUGACAAAUCAUCCGACUCCUAAACUCUGCGGUCUGUCCCGAGAUAAAGCCGAGCUCUUCAGAGAGAGAUACACCGUCCUACAACAGCGAACACACAGGCAUGAGCUCUUCACUCCUCCGGUUAUCGGUUCAACUCCAGAUGAAGGGAGAAACAAAUUCCAGCUGAAGACGGUGGAAGCUCUUCUGGGCAGCACAGCUAAAGUCGGAGAGGUGAUCGUUCUCGGGAUGAUCUCUCAGCUUAAAGAGGGCAAGUUCUACCUGGAGGACCUCAGUGGCACAGUACAGCUGAAUCUAUACCAGUUUCACAGCGGCCUUUACACCGAGUCCUGCUUCGUUCUGGCUGAGGGUGCGUCUCUUUCCCUCUGCCGUCUGAAACUCCUGACCCUGAUCUGGAUCUCUAUAAUCACAUGCUCUGUCUGCGUUCACAGGAUGGUACCCACAGAGCCCUCUUCAUUCACCAGGGCGUAUUAUGGCAAUAUAAACUUCUUUGGUGGGCCGUCCACCACUGCGGUCAAAGCGUCAGCCAAACUCAAGCAGCUGGAGGAGGAGAAUGAAGACGCCAUGUUUGUGAUGGUUUCGGACGUGUGGCUGGACAGUGUGGAGGUCCUGGAGAAGAUCUACACCAUGUUCUCAGGCUACUCUGCCAUGCCGCCCACCUGCUUCAUAUUUUGUGGGAAUUUCUCCUCCGCUCCUUACGGCAGGAACCAGCUCCGAACUCUCAAAGAUUCUUUUAAAGCACUUGCUGAUCUGAUUUGUGAAUUUCCCAGCAUUCACAACAGCAGUCGUUUUGUGUUUGUUCCCAGACCAGAAGACCCCGGGCCCGGCAAUGUCUUACCAAGACCUCCGUUGGCUGAGCACAUCACAGAGGAGUUCAGACAGCGCGUGCCGUUCUCCGUCUUCACCACCAACCCCUGCAGGAUACAGUACUGCAGUCAAGAGAUGGUGGUGAUUCGAGAAGACCUCGUCAACAAGAUGUGCCGAAACUGUGUUCGACUCCCCAGCAGCAACCUGGAUAUCCCCUCCCAUUUUGUGAAAACCAUCCUGUCACAAGGUCACCUGACGCCGCUCCCGCUCUACGUGUGUCCAGUGUACUGGGCGUAUGAUUACGCCUUACGCGUUUAUCCUGUGCCUGAUGUCAUUGUCUUCGCUGACAAAUACGACCCCUUCAACAUAUCCAACACAGACUGCCUGUGCAUCAACCCGGGUUCUUUUCCAAAAAGUGGAUUCUCCUUUAAAGUUUAUUAUCCGUCCAACAGAACAGUGGAGGACAGCAAAUUACAAGGGCUUUAAACCAGAAGAAACCGUGGAAAAUCAGACAGAUGUGCUUCAUGUUUUUAAUUUUGUUGUUGUUAUUUCCAUUGUAGUCUUUAAAAUGUAGAUUUCUUUUACAUCAAUUUCAUAUGGUUAUUGUUUGAUUUUGAUUGUUGAUGCACUUUUAAAGUAAAAUAAAUAUAGGCAAAAUGUG